AUGCCCAGCUCUAACCUCGUAGAGAUCGACUCCCUUGAAGCACUCGUCAUCAUCGACAAUGAGCUCGACCCCUUGUCGCCCGUCGCGCCAGACACCGUCCAGGUCUCCGGCCUCAUGGGUAGCCUCGCCACGUGCUCUCCCCACGACCUCAAGGAGAGGGGUGAUGCUCAGAAAGAGCUGAGAAUGGAAGACAUCUGCUGCUCCGCGCACGGCUUGUCAAUCCUUGUGACCGCGACGAAAGGGGACGUGCGGCAUUCGGUGCUCUUCGACGCAGGCCCGGAGGAAGAUGCCUGGGAGAGGAACGCGAAGCGGCUACGGGCGGACCUUGCCUCUGUAGAGGUUAUCCAGUUGUCGCAUUGGCAUAGGGAUCACUCGGGUGGUCUUCUUCGCGCCGUUCGCUUGAUCAACGAGGCCAAGCAGGUCAAGGGUCUUGCUGGGGGGCUGUCAAUAGAUUUGCACCCUUCGCGCCCCGAUUAUCGAGGGAUGGCAAUUGGUCAGAAGAUCAUAUCCCUCCAGGCUGAUCCCACGUUCGAGGAGAUCGAGGCAGCUGGGGCGGUGGUUGACAAACAUGGUGAGGGGCAUACUGUUCUCGAUGAUUUCUUUUUCGUAUCGGGGGAAAUCCCUCGGCAAACUGCCUACGAGAACGGACUGAAAGGAGGGAUGCGCUUCAGCCACGAGGAUAACGACUGGUUUUCUGACGAGCUCAUUGCUGACGAACGAUUCCUGAUGUGUAAAGGAAUUAUCAUGUUUACAGGCUGCAGCCAUGCUGGAGUGGUCAACGCGGCGAGACAUGCAGUCGAAUGCCUGGAUGGUUCCGUUCCUCUUCAUGCGGUUGUGGGAGGCUUCCAUCUGGCCACUAGUGAGGAACAGCAGAUGGAGAGCACGAUCAAAGACUUGAAGAAGCUUGAUCCAGCUGUGCUAUUGCCUGGUCACUGCACGGGUUGGCGGGCCAAAUUCGCCAUCGAGCGGCUUAUGCCUGGGACACUGGUGCCUUGUACGGUGGGCAUCAAGAUCACAUUUUGA